AUGAGUUCCAACAACGUCAAGUCUGGUUCUACGACCACAAGAGCCAGUCAAAGUGCAUUUUCAGGAGUUACACCAAGUAACCCGUCACUUCUACUCGAGAAACUGAACGUUCGAAGGUCUACGCCGGAUUCGGAAGCUCUCGCGAGCUCAGACGACGAGCCUGACCCAGCAUCUCGACACGAGGUGCAUCAGCCUCUUGUACAGCCACAGAAGCCGGUACGCCGUGCUUCCUGGUUGAACGAUACUUCACAAACAACGUUACCCCAUCCAAGAAAGGGUUCGUUUGCGAGUAGCUCUAUGUCGCCGACUGCUUCUCACCCGAGUACCCCGUCUGCGGACCCUGGUCCGGCAGCUUGGGGUUCCCAUUCUACGGCGCCAGGAACGAUGGGACGCGGACACCAAGGACCGUCGUCUUUCCCCUGGGGAACGGGCAUUUGGAAUGCGGAGCGUAAGGAGCCGCCGUCUCGUUUGACCGAAGUUCUCCCUUCGCCAACUUCCACUAUUCCUAACGGCGGCUUCUUCGGAGAGGGCUCGUUGACACAGACGUCUCCCACUCCGAGAGAGCAAGGCUCCAACCCGCAGAUUCCCUUUGCAAUUCCUUUACAUCCGACACCGAAGACGUACCGUUCUCAGUCGUAUUCGGUGGGGCAAUUAGAUCCAGAUGCAACCACUCCUACCAUGCCGACACCAUCGGUAUUGCCCGGUAGACCACGUGCCCCCCAUGGACACCCGGGAUUACAACACAGACCCUCACGUCCUAGCAUGCUGAGCGAAAUGUCCAGCGAAGGUGCUAUGCUAGGCAAAGUUAAAGAAGUCGAGGACGACGACGACGAAAGCACGGGUGACUCGAGCCAAGGGGUCCACCAACAACAGAGCGCUGAAGCGAAGACAAUUGAGAUGCUUACCCGUGAGAACGCCAUGCUCAGGCAGCAGCAGUAUCACAACGCUAGAGUUAGACCCCGUGCAUCGACAGCCGCCACAUACGGUUUAGGUAAUGGGUAUGGCGUCCGCGGAACAGUCCCCGAGGAGUCUGAUUUUGCUAUUGAUGAAUUGGAUGAAGCGGGCGAGGGUCAAGACGGUCUUUCAAAACGGGGUUUGGCGAGACGGAUGAGCGAGUAUGCCUCGGGAUCCUUCCGCUCACCUUACCCUUUGGAGAAUAGAAAACUUGAAAAUGUCAAGAAGGCCUAUUGGCAGAGUUCUCUGGGAUUUAGCGGCAUUGCCGACAUCCCUCAGAGUCGUAGGCAUUCGUUCGCCGACGUACCAACACGACAAGCCUCAAUUGGCUCUAUUGGAGAGUCCGUAUCUCAUCAUGACGCAACUUCUCCAGAUGCAGCCCAAUCUCAAGAAUUCGGCGGAUUCCCCGAUGGUGCCGGUUUUACUACUACUAGCCCUGUCUCCUAUUAUCCAGGUGGCGUUACUGCUCCCAAUGCUCAUCAGGCUAUCGCAUCUUCGGCUUAUGGCAACCCCUAUCAGCAGGCGUACGGCAUACCAUCCACCUUUGGUAAUCGACCCCAGUCACCUCAUAGAAACAUGUUCGGGAUGAGCCAGCCCAGACACAACCAGCUCCUACACAUCGUUCUCUUUAAGUGUUCAAGAGCAGACGUUUUCUACAUUCAGGAAGGAACAGGCCUCACAGUCAAACCAGGGGAUCUCGUAAUCGUUGAGGCGGAUCGAGGAACAGACCUCGGGACCGUAGCUCGCGAUAACGUGGAUUGGCAGACAGCUAAAGAGCUGAAAGAACAUUAUUCCGAGGAACAUUACAAGUGGCUGAUGAUGUAUUCUCAAAACGCAGCAGCUGCUCAAGAAGGAACCGGAGCCGGAUUGAUGGCCGCAUCGAACGGUCUACAAGGUAGCGCAAUUGGCGGGAUGGGGCCACCUAGCCAACACCACAUGCAGGAGCCGAAUGCCGGUGAACUAAAACCGAAACUUAUCAAACGCCUUGCGCAGAGCCACGAGAUUCACAGUCUUAGAGAGAAGGAAGGGAAUGAAGCUAAGGCAAAACGCAUGUGUAUGCAGAAGGUAAAGGAGCAUGGGCUCAAUAUGGAGAUCCUCGAUGCCGAGUUCCAAAUGGACUGGAAGAAGUUGACCUUUUACUACUUUGCUGACACCUAUAUCAACUUUAACUCACUCGUUACCGACCUUUUUAAGAUUUACAAAACUCGAAUUUGGAUGUCGGCCAUCAACCCCGCUUCAUUCGCUAGCCCGACGUUGGGCCUGCAGGCUCCCAGCGGCAUCGGCCCAGGUGCAGUCGGCCUCGGGAGAGGGAGUGGAUCUACCAACGCAGAGCGAAGAUCUAACCCACCUCAGGACUCUCAGGGUGCCUUUCCCGGUGGCGGUACGUCAGGCCGAUCGUUUCAACCUACCUUCACUCAGCCAUUCGGAGGACCAGAUCGUCCGUCAGUGGCCAGUUCGGCAUACCCCUCGUCCGGCUUUCCAUACUCUGCCUAUGGUGCAUUCAGCAGCGCUCCGAGAUCCGGUGGAGUGCCAUAUGUCCCGGGAGUGGUGCAGGGGAUGGAGACAUAUCCCAGCGGCUUCUCUCAGGGCGGCGAAUUUUCUCCAAGCAUAAGGGCGCGCUUUCCAAGUCCUCAUGCCGCCACUUCUCCACACGAUCCGGCGGUACCCAACAUGACAGGACAGAAUGAAUGGGUGGGAGCAUUUCAGGGAUUAUCUCUGAAUACUCGUUAA